GUGACGGGGGCCGCGGCGGCGGGUGGGCCCGACAUGUCCCCGCGACCCCGGCCCCGCUCAACAACAACAACAACAACAACAACAGCAGCAGCAGCAACUUAGUGUGAAGACAGCGCUGUCCGCGCCCCAUGCAGCCCCCGCUCUGACUGCCCCGUCGUGCCGGUGUCUCGGUACCAUGAGGUCGCCCCACCGCCCGCCCGGAGGAUGAAGACAACGAGGAGAAGCUGCUGCUGAUGACAGACACAAACCCGCUGGAGUAACUCAGCGGGACAGGAGGCAGCAUCUCUGAAGAGAAGGGGAAUGGGCGACCCUUCUCCAGCUGCCGAGAUGGACCGCGGCGACGAGGAGAAAGUGGAAUUGGAAGAUAUAUUGAAUAGAUUGAAGGAAGAUGGAAUUGACAUUAAAGCUUGCAGCAGAACUGAGCAUCUGUGCCAUCUUUGGCGUAUAUACCAGCGGUCUGAGGCCAUGCUGCAGGCCACCAAACAGGACCUGGAUGUGUUUCAAAAACAACAGGAUGCCGAGAUGACAGAGGUGGAUAAUUACGUGGAACACAUCCGUAACUUGUCAGUGGAGCGGGAAGCAGUGACUGCCGAGUAUGAGCAGGAGAAUGAAAUACUGAGGGUGGAACUACGACAACUGCAGUUGGAGCUAGAAACCCAAGUAAAGGAAGUGGAGGAGAUGUUGGAUCAGGAAGGACUAGCUGAUAUCGCUCAUAGUGGCCCAAGUGAACAAGUGGCCUACCUCCUGGUGGAGCGUGCUACACUGCUAGAAAAAUUGGAAUUAGCAGAGAGCAAAGUGGAGAACGUUGCAGGAAAUCACCAGGGGAUACAGUUACAGAUGGAGUUGGGCCAGAUGCAGCAAACUAUGGAAGAGGAAUUGAAACAGCAAAGGGAAUCCAUGCAACGAACAAAGGAAACCAUGGCAAAGGAUCCUAUAUCUCAACCUUCAAGUCCGUGGAAGAAGCUGUUUGGGAUCCGUCAGCAAGCAGACAGUGUUUCCAAAGACAUAGCUACCCAUGAAGUUGACUUGCAGAAAGAGCAGAAGUUACGGGAACGAGCGGAACAAGACGUGGAUGAGGCAGCGCAGCGGUUACAGAUGGCACAUGCGGACAUACGCCGACUAACAGAUGAAUUGGACAUGGAGAAAAAAGUACACAGCAGCAGUGAUACCGGAGAACUAGAUAAAGCAAAAGAAGAUAACAUCAAGUUGGAUCAGGAAAUUCUGGAGUUACGAAGUCGUGUACACUCGUUGGAUAUAGAACGGAAAUCUCUCUUAGUAACAGUGGAAAGCCUUCAAAAAAUUGAACCAAGCAGUCCACAGAACAUGGAGCAGGGCACACCAGCAUUCAAGUCUUCAGACUUCAACAUGAAUUGGGAUGAAGCUCCACAAAUGGAUGGCCAACAAUCAGACGCUCCUGUGCCAACUGUUCGUAAGAAAAAAAGAUCUACUGGAUCUGCGUAUACUAAGGAGAGCCAAAACAUAGAUUACGAAUCAGAAUCAAUUCUGCCAGAACUGUUGCAUUACGAUGGUCAGCAUCCAAGAACAGAGGAACUCCACAAAAGGUGCCACCAUGAGAUUAGUCGCCUUGAAUCCAAGAAUCAUGAGUUGCAACGCAAGAUGCAUAGACUGCAGCAAGAACUUGAAGAGGUGACGCUGAGGAAUGAGUCUCUUGAGGCUGCAAUGGAAAAUCUCCGCAGUCGCCCAAAAGAUGCCACAGACUGUGAAAAGGAAAUACUCAGAGUUAAGAUCGGCAGCAUAGAAACUGAUUAUGCAAAACUGAAGCGAAAGUACAAGGAACUUAAAGCCAAAAAUCAUGAUCUGGGUAAAGACCAAGAUGCUCUAGAGACUAUGCAGAAGAGUCACGAUGCAUUGGAGGGUGCACAACUGAGGCUUGAAGACGAAAUAAAAAGGCGGGAGUAUUUUGAAUCAGCACUAGCAGCUGCCGAAGAUGCAAAAAUACGAGAAGAGGAGGAGUUGGAAGCUUUCAGAACUCAAGUGCACCAUCUGAAUGUGGAGCUGAAAGAUUGUCGUGCAUCAACGGAUCAGAAUCAAGCAUUAAACGGACUCAUUGACAGGUUGAAGAAUGAGAACUGUGCUCUAGAACAGAAGUUGAACACAGUGGUGGGGGAUUACAAUGAUGUAUGCAAGAGCCAAAAUGAGACAUCAUACGAUCAGAAAGAUGUGGAGGAGAGGUAUCUGUGCCAGAUAGCUGAAUUGAAAUGCACCAUACUCAAACUCCAAGAAGCAUUAAACAGCAACACGAUGACUGAAUCUUCGGACACGAAAGUGGAAUGCCUGCAGCAGCAGCUUUGCGCGGUUCUGAAGGAGAAUCAGCAGCUGAAUCAGGAGAAGCUUGUCUUACGGCAGCAGUUCUGCACCAACCAGCAGGGCAGCCAGAUUCUCAAUCAAGAGUACGCAAACCUGCGGCAGCAACUCGUCUGUUAUCAGCAGGAAAACAAGAUUCUCACACAGGAGAACUGCACGGUACGGCAACAGCUGGCGUGCUGCCAGAAAGAGAACCAGCGCUUGACGCAGGAAGUAUGUAACAUUCAGACACAGCUGAACGACCUUCUGCACUCCAAAGAAAAGGUGGAAGACAGCAUUAAUCAGGUGCAGCUCCAGGCUCUGAAGAUGGAAAUGAGCCACUUGCAGUCUUCGCUAGAGUUUGAACAGAAAAAUUCUUGCCAGCAGAAACAAACCCUGGAGUUGCAGCUGGAGGAAGCAAACAACAGGAUGAAGUCGCAAGAUGCCUUGCUGGCCCAACAUGCUGAAGAGUCACGUCAACUGCGGCAGGACUUGCAGAGGGUGCAUAAUCUGUGCAGCACAGCUGAGAAGGAACUGAAAUACAAGAGGGAUCAACUCAUGGAGCUGCAAAAGCAAAACUCUCUCCUUGAUCAGGAAAAUACCAGGCUGAACAUGGAUGUUAAAGCCAUACAGUGCAGGCUGUCAGAGAUGGAUAAACACAUUUUAAUGUUGAAAUCAGAAUGUGAAAUUAAACAACAGAGACUAAAAGAACUGGAAAUGGAUUCUGGCAAGACUUUCCACCUCGCCAAACAGUUAAAGUGUAUGCAAGAUGAACUUGGAGCAGAAAAGAACAGAAACAUGUGUGCAGAGAAAAAGGCUGCAGAGCUGCAGCAACAACUCAACUGCAUUCAACACCAACUACGACUCUCGGAAGCUCGAAGCAAGGAGCGGGCAACGCUGGAAGCUGAACUGAAGGAAAGCAGGGAAGCCGCAGCCAAGCUCAAGAACCAGCUACAAGAGGAAUGCAUUCAGAGGAAGCUUGCGGAUCAGAAUACAGGGGAGCUGCAGCAGCAAAUAAAAUCAAUGCAAGAAAAGGAAGGGUGUUUGUCCCGAGGCAAAUGCGACCUUCAGCUGCAGUUGCAGCAACAGGAGGCACGGCUGCAGGUUUUGGAAGAAGAAAAGGAGGCCAUUUGUUCUGAGAAUCAAUGUCUGCAAAAGGCUAACAAGAAGUCGGCCGAUGAUCUGUGCGCACGCAAACAAGAAGUAGACAAGCUUAAGGAAGAAAUGCAGAAUAUUCUUCAUCAUUGGAUACGCAAAUCAGAACCUAUGAUGAGAAACAAGUGAGGCACAAACAGAAACUGCGCAAAGCUAAAGAGAUCUUUAUCCGUGAAGUGAUGCUGCGAGAUGGGAAAUAAACAUCUGGAAACAGAGGUCAAAUUGAUGAAAAACCUGAUGGAUAAGGAACAUGCCUGGAACAUGAAGGUUACUUAUGAAAAUGACCUGCUCCUUGUUGAAAAGAGAGAACUUCUACAACAGUUAAAUGAGCAGGAUAAUUCCACACGGAACAACAGUCCAUCCGCCUGUAACACGAAGCACAGAUCUUCCAACUCUAAUGCGCCACACAUCGUCACCAACAAGAAAUUGCGACAAAUCUCAAAAGAAAUC